CUAAAAAAAUAAAUAAUUUAAUAAAGUACUUCCAUGCGAGUACAAAUUAAGCUGAGUAUUUUGUUUUGAUUACAAAUAAAAUUCUAACCUAAAAAAUAAUCGUCGCUUCAUCAACAAAAUGUAUACUGAAAAACGAUUAUAAUAAAUUGAAAUCCAAUAAGUGUUUCGUAUCAUUUUUCUCUCAAGUUUUUGAUUCCAAUUAUGGAUUCACCACAGUGUAGUAGUUACAUUACGGAAAAUCUCGUUGAUACGAUGAGUUUUCUAAUGAAGCCAUCUCAAGAAAAUUUCAUGGAUGAUAAAGCCAUGAAAAUGAUGGCGAAAAUGGGGUACGUACAAGGAAUGGGUUUAGGUAAAGCAAAUCAAGGAAUUGUAAAUCCUGUUAAAGUAUCCAAUAAAAUGGAUCGUUGUGGUCUUGGAUUUAAUUUAACGUCCCAUUCAGCGAUUAUCAAUGAAAAUUGGGAUAUUUCAAUUGAAAAUAUAAAAGUUAAAGAAGAAUUAAAAUGGAUUUCAUCGGACUCUGGCAUGUUGGAUUUAACCGUGGAUCAGUUGAGUUUAGGACAAAUAUUUUGUGAACGUAAAUUAGAAAGUCCUUUUGAAACAACAUUUUGCGAUGGUGAAUUACAAAAAGAAUUAUUUCAAGCGAAAUGUGAACUAGAUUUAUUUGAACCUGCUGAACUACGAAAAGUCCGUGGUCGUGCCAAUCCAUUUGAACGAAUUCGUAAUGUGUUUUUUAUAAAUCGGGCGGCAUUAAAAAUGGCAAAUAUUGAUGCGGCAUGUAAUUUUAUGUUUACCAAUCUUGAACGUGAUCCUGAUCAUUUCACCACAAACAAACCGUAUUAUUUUGCUGACGUUUGUGCUGGACCAGGAGGUUUCUCCGAAUAUAUUUUGUGGAGAAAAAAAUGGUUAUAUAAAGGUUUUGGAUUUACUUUAAAGGAGGAAAAUGAUUUUACAUUAAAUGAAUUUCUCGCUGGAUCACCAGAAACAUUUCAACCAUUUUAUGGACCAAAACAAGAUGGAAAUAUUUAUGAUCCAGAUAAUAUUACAGAUUUUACGAACAAAGUUUUAGAACAAACUGAUAAUCAGGGAGUUCAUUUCAUGAUGUCGGAUGGCGGUUUUUGUGUUGAUGGUAAUGAAAAUUUGCAAGAAGUAUUAUCAAAACAGAUAUAUUUAUGCCAGUGUUUAGUUGCAUUAUCAAUUGUACGUACAAAUGGACAUUUUGUUACAAAAUUUUUCGAUACAUUUACACCGUUUAGUGUUGGAUUAAUAUAUUUAAUGUAUCAUUGCUUUGAAGAAGUUUGUAUUUUUAAACCAAAUGCUAGUCGGCCAGCCAAUUCAGAGAAAUAUUUAAUUUGUAAACGGAAAAAAUCGAAUACUAAUAAUAUUCGGGAGUAUUUGAAUCAAAUAAACUGUCAUUUAUGGAAUUUUUCGGAUGUAGAUAUUAUGAAUAUUGUGUCAACGGAUUUUUUGCUAAACGAUACAACAUUUUAUCAGUAUAUUUUGGAUAUGAAUAAUAGUUUAUGCAAACGACAAAUAAUAAGUCUUAACAAAAUAAUGGCGUUUAGUAAAGAUAUGACAUUGACAGAACCACGUCAAAUGGAUUUAAGAAUACAGUGUCUUCAAUACUGGAAUAUACCAAAUAUGUCACGAAUGGCCGCACUAAAUCUUGAACCCAAUGAUUAUUUUGAACAAUUUGUACAAAAUAAAACUAGUUUAGCGUUUUUUAAUGCGAAUACACGUGAAAUUAAAAAUAAGGAAGAAUUAAUUGAUAAAAUAUCAGCAGAUUGUGAAUGGAGAUUUGGAUUUUUAGAGAAUAAGGAAUAUAUUUAUAUGGGUUGUGGUGAAACCAGAGUUUAUCAAUUGAAUAAUGGACAGUGGCAAUUAGCUCCCUUUAACAUUGAACUUCCACGUGGAACUAUUAUAACAGCCGAGCUAGUCAAAGAAUAUGUAGUUCUAUCACAAAAUAAACGAAAAUGUGUCAAUUGUUUACAUGUUAUUGAUGCUAUAUCGUUGGGUGAUAUGAAUGUUCAAAAUAUUGGUUUUUCCGAACGACAAAAUUUAAUACAAAUAUUCUGUGAAGCUUUAAAUCAACCGUACAAAAUAAAUACAAUUAACAUACGAAUAAAACCAACAAUACCUUUAAGUACAAAUUAUAAUAAUGAAGAUGAUUUUAUGCGAUUUACAAAAAUAUCAAAACGAGAUAAAAAAUUAAUGGCGUUACAAUUACCGCCAAUGUGUAAUCUGCAAAUGGUGUUUUGUCCGAAAUAUUUUUUAUUUAUAAAUACGGGUAAUAAUCUCGAAAUACUACGGUAUUUUUGUACAAUGGAAUGUCUGUCAUCGGACUCGAAAAAAGAAUUAACAUGGAAAGAAUUUCAUAAAAUACUU